AGAGCCAGUGAAAUCGGGGGAUGCAAAUUUAAUACUUCUCCUCCUAAAUUUCACCCUAAAAUCGAGGACCCUCUCUCGUAUCCAAUCCGAUUUCUAUCUCAAAAUCUAUCUUCCCCACACACUCUCGCAUUUCUUCUUUUUUACAGCACCCGCAACCGCAGGGUUUUUUUCACCAUUUUUUACAGUUUCUAAUUCUCACUCUUUAUUACCGCCUUUUCUUUUCAUAUCUUCUACUUUUAAGUCAUUUUCAUUUUUAUUUGGAAUAAUAAUAAUAAUUAUCACAAAAAUACCGAUAAUCAGAAAAUCAGCCAACAAUGGCGACAAAAACAGGGCAACAAGACAAGAUGAUGAAGGUGGAGAAAGGUGAAUAUGGUUAUGUGCUUGAAGAUGUUCCUCAUUUGACUGAUUACAUUCCUGAUCUUCCUACUUUUCCCAAUCCGCUGCGAUUCAAUCCUGCAUAUUCAGUUGUAAAGCAGUACUUUGUUGAUGUUGAUGAUACAGUACCUCAGAAGGUUGUCGUUCACAAGAACAGUUCUAGGGGCAUACAUUUUAGACGCGCUGGACCUCGCCAGAAGGUGUAUUUUGAUUCAGAUGAGGUGCAUGCUUGUAUUGUAACUUGUGGCGGUUUGUGCCCUGGGUUAAAUACAGUGAUAAGGGAAAUUGUAUGUGCGCUAUACAACAUGUAUGGUGUCACCAAAGUCCUUGGUAUAGAUGGAGGAUAUAGAGGCUUUUACUCAAAGAACACCAUUCCUCUAACACCAAAGAUUGUAAAUGACAUCCAUAAACGCGGUGGCACAAUUAUUGGCACAUCUCGAGGGGGGCAUGACACUGCAAAGAUUGUUGACAGCAUUCAAGACCGAGAAAUUAAUCAGGUUUACAUUAUUGGAGGCGAUGGGACUCAAAGAGGAGCAGCUGUCAUUUAUGAGGAAAUUAGACGACGUGGCCUAAAAGUUGCAGUUGCAGGAAUCCCAAAAACAAUCGACAAUGACAUCCCGGUCAUUGACAAGUCAUUUGGUUUUGAUACUGCUGUAGAGGAAGCACAACGAGCCAUCAACGCGGCACAUGUUGAAGCUGAAAGUACUGAGAAUGGUAUCGGUGUAGUGAAGCUUAUGGGUCGUUACAGUGGAUUCAUUGCCAUGUAUGCCACUCUUGCUAGCCGAGAUGUGGAUUUGUGUUUGAUUCCAGAGUCACCCUUCUAUCUAGAUGGAGAAGGUGGUCUCUUUGAGUAUGUUGAGAAAAGGCUUAAAGAAGAUGGGCACAUGGUUAUCGUUAUAGCUGAAGGAGCAGGUCAAGAGCUACUUUCAAAGAGCACCGUACAUGAGAAAGAUGCUUCAGGAAACAAACUUCUAAAAGAUGUUGGCCUUUGGAUCUCUCAUAGGAUCAAGGAUCAUUUUGCGAAUCACAAGAUGGCCAUCACUCUCAAGUAUAUAGAUCCUACGUACAUGAUCCGUGCUAUUCCGAGUAAUGCCUCUGACAAUGUGUAUUGCACACUCCUUGCUCAAAGCUGUGUACAUGGAGCAAUGGCAGGGUACACUGGUUACACAAGUGGGCUGGUCAAUGGGAGACAGACAUACAUUCCUUUCAAUCGUAUCACCGAGAUGCAGAAUAAGGUUGUAAUAACUGACAGGAUGUGGGCAAGACUUCUUUCUUCAACAAACCAGCCAAGUUUUUUGGGACCAAAAGAUGCAGUUGAGGUGAAGAAUGAACCAGCACCAUCCAGCCAAUUGUUGGAAAGCGAAAACUGUAAUUGUGAGGACAAGGCAGCCAAGUAGAGACAACCAGCAUGCACGAAAUUAUAACAAGCACUUCAGACAGCUAGUUUAAAUCUCAGCAAGUGCAAUUGAUUAUUUGUAACAUAGGUCUCUUCAAGAUUUCUUUAUUAUAAGAUGGGGCUGCUGCCAUCAUUUAUAUUUCCAUGGUGAAUGUUAACUAGGAUCUCUUAUCUUUUUAAAAAGCAACCAAGGAAAAAGAGUGUUUUUGGUGUAUGAUAUAUUAGAUCUAUUACAACUUCUUUA